UUCGUACGCGUCCAUCACGGACGAUCCGCACUCGUUUGUAAAAUGAUUUCGGUUAUCAGUUAGAAUGCCGCACCACUACAUCUCAUCAAUGGCUGUCUUUUUUUUUGUUUUUGUUUUUCAACAGAGUAUAUAAGUGAGAGCAGGCAUGGCUGGUCGUGGAAGGAGUGAAGCUGCAGCAGCGGAGGGUGGAGUGGAGAACUUUCCAGCUGGCGAAAAGCUCUUGCAAUGCCUUACCAAUCAGAAUAUAGGACUCAUCUCUGUUCAAAGGUAUCUGGGGGUGAGGAGAUGGAAAAUUGCUAAAUAUGCAGCUCGAAAGUCGAAUCAUCUCUUCGAUGUACAGAUACUGGUAGAGCUGCGAAAGAAUUUUAGUCUUCGAAAGGCGCAGAAGGAAAUUGCAUGCCAAUUGGGGAUGAAGACAUUGAUGGAUGGUGAGAGUGAUGAUGAUGAAGAGAGCAUAGAUACCAAUGUUGCGAGUAAAAUCUGUAAAACGUUGAUGGGACGGAAGUUCUUGCUAGUGAUAGGAGAUGUGCCACCUGGCUUCAAUUUCGAGUUUAUUGGAGAUCCAUUUCUCAGAAAUCUAAAGCUAAAUGAAUCCAAGAUUGUCAUCGUCGGCCCUGAGGACUUGCAAUCCGACGUGGCCAUUAAGUUGGACGACUUGUCAAUGGACAUGUUACAUGAAGAGGCGGCCGACAUCUCUCAUUCUCCCAGCAUCAGGGGCUGUUUUGCUCCAAACACUAUCGUGGACUGCUUCCUGCACGUGUUACUUUUCUAUGAAUUUGGAACAUUCAAGGUUGAAGUGGAAAAGCUGAAAUGGCAUUAUAAAGCGGAGGGGUUCAUUAUCAGAGAAGAAGAAGAGGAUUUGAUGAUGUUUGACGAGGUCGAGGCUCUGUUGACAGAGCUCCAGCUUCGUUCAAUGUUACGACGUGAUGGCCAGUAUGUGAUGGUGCCCGACUCGUUAUCUGAGAAAGCUAAAGCUCUGGUCACAUCCAGUGAGAGAAUGUGGAUAAGAGAUUCCCUACCAACGAAGGACGAAAAUGUGGAAGAUAUUAAGUGGAUGGUGGUACGGUUCGUUAGUGAACAUUUGCUUCUCCCUCCUCCAAAAUGCCCAAAACUCUCUUAUUUACUUCUUCGAAGUGGCAAUGAAUUCAGCAUAUCAGACAACUUCUUUGAGCCAAUUAAAACCCUUCGUGUUCUCAAGCUUAAGAGACUAGGAGAUGAAUUUCUGCCCAAAUCCACUUCCUGCUUGCAAAAUCUCAGAGUUCUGAAGCUGGAAAGAUGCCCUCAUUUACACACUCUCCUCUCUUCCUUACCGAUUUUUGAAAAACUCGAGUACCUUGAACUUUCUGGUGAAGGAUAUGAUUCAAGCCCACCAAUACCUGACGACGUCUUUCAGCACAUGAAUAACCUCCGAUGUCUCUAUCUCAAACAUAUGCAAAUCACGUCGCUACCUUCCUCCAUUUCCAAGCUCCACAACCUCUGGCACCUUUUGCUCAUUAACUGCCAACAUUUAAUAUGCAUCCCAGAUGAGCUCUUUGAGCAUUCGAGCCAGCUUCGCAUCCUCGAACUACGAGGGAAUGAUAAGCUGGAAUCUCUACCAUCUUCACUCUCUAAUUUGGUCAAUCUUAAGAAACUCAUUAUGCACGGUUCUCCAUCCAUAAAGAUGAGGUUGCUGCCUCAUUUGCAAAAGCUUUCAGCACUUGAAGUGCUUGACCUCGACAGCUGCAGUUCCCUCAAAGAUAUUGCAGAUGUUACUUAUUCACUAGGAGAUAUCUUGCCAAACCUCCGCAAGCUUCAUAUUUCCAACAUUGAGGUCGAUCGACGGCUUGACUUGAAAAGAUGUCAAAGCUUAGAGUCUGUAUUGCUGACUGGGCUCACAAGCCUUCAAGUGCUUGAUCUUUCUGGAACCAAAUUGAAAACACUACAUGAGAAUAUGUUCAAGGGAUGCCUUUUAAGGCGCCUGGACAUGCUAUGCAUGAAUCAAAUUCUUGAAAUCAAGUGGGAUAAUAUCAGUACUACACUCGAAGAGCUAAACUUUAGUCAGUGUGGCACCUGGAAUUCACCGAAUGAUGAUGAACAGCAAGGAGAGAGACAUGGGGCUCGCAUAAGGGUAAGUAAUUCCAAGCUCUUACAAUCUUUCAGCCCAUCUGCAGAACUAUGGGAUUCAAAAUGCUUCUCUCGAUUUCAUAUCUACAUCUCUCCCUUCCAAGAAGAAGAACGAAGCAGAGGUAAAUCCAUUCAUCUCCAGAGACGGCUAUUCAUAUAUAAAGACAUCAAUUCGACGAUCCAGACACGUAACUUACCUCAUCCUGUAAGCCAUUAUGAUAGGCAUUUGGAGAUCCGUGGAGGUCAUAGGUCCCCAAACGGUAUCCAUGGGGUUCUCAGUCGUGCAGAAUUACUCACUCUAUGCAACAAUGCCUUUGUCCAAAGAUUAUCAGAUUUGGGCGAUGUCAAUGAAAUGGAGGAAAUGAAAGAAUGUCGGGUCGAAAGGUGUGGGGAGAUGAAGAUGUUCUUUGAGGGAGAUAAUUCACGUUUUGACUGUUUAAGUCAGCUGGAGAAGAUAUGGAUGUUCGACCUUGCAAGAUUGAAGUGCGUGUGCGAGGGCACAUACGGGAGCCGAAGCUUUGGACUGCUAAAGCACAUAAAUCUAGAGUUCUGCCCGAGACUCAUCACUGUCUUCUCCUCAAGUGUAUUCCUACCAAGCCUGGAGAUGCUCGUGAUAAAAUACUGCAGUCGACUAGAGGCCGUGUUUCAAGGGGACACUCUAGCGAAUGGCUCUCUCCAACGUCUACACACGGUCUGUCUAUGGGAGCUACGGAGGCUGAAGAGUAUUUGCCAUGGUACGUACUUGCCCGCAUUGAAGAAACUGAAAGUGAGGGGAUGUUGGAUGCUGAAGAAGCUUCCUCUUCGAGCUGGUGACAUGACUGCUGCUUCUACUUCAAGUGGUGGUGGUAGAGUGGAGGCAGAAGGAGAGUCAGAAUGGUGGGACCGACUCAAGUGGGAAGAUGAUAGGAUCCAGCACCUUAUCAACUACAAAGAUCCUCGCGCUUUUACACGACGUAGAUGAUUCUUCUCUUUUUAGUUAAAGUAGUUGGGCUUGUCACUUCUGGGCCGGCCCCCCUCAGUGUGCUAGGCUGUUCGGCAUCGGAGGUUCUCCUUCGACUGAUCUCUCAAGCGGCUCUCUGCCUUUCAGGUGCCUCUUUGCUGGUCUUCUUGCUUCGCUGGAGCGAUCUUCGCAUUUCCUUGCUGUAUUUCUGCGAGCUCCCUCCUUUUUAUAUUGUAGGUGUGGCGCUAUAAUUUUUUUGGCGGUAGGUAGAUUUCUUUCCACCGCUCCUCUGCCUCUUUGUUGCAGUUGCCCCUGUGAAGGGCCUGCUGCAGCUGUCUCUGCUGCCUGGUGCUGUUGGCUUCUUCCUCUUCAGUGUUCGCCUCUUCCUGUCGUGCGAGGGAGUAGG